CUAUAUUAGGGUUUUCGUUCGCCUUCGCAAACACUAGUCGCAGAGCCGAACACAUCCGAAAAUGGCUCCAAAGAAAGGUGUAAGACUUCCAGCUGCAGCAGCUAAGAAGAAAACGGAGAAGGUGGUGAAUCCUCUGUUUGAGAAGCGUCCGAAACAAUUUGGGAUAGGAGGGGCAUUGCCACCGAAGAAAGAUCUGCACAGAUUCGUGAAAUGGCCCAAAGUUGUUCGCAUUCAGAGGAAGAGAAGAAUCCUCAAACAGCGAUUGAAGGUCCCGCCUACCCUGAACCAGUUCACGAAGACCCUCGACAAGAACCUCGCAACAAGUCUGUUCAAGAUGCUUCUCAAGUACAGACCUGAGGAUAAAGCAGCAAAAAAGGAGCGUCUCUUAAAACGAGCUCAGGCUGAGGCAGAGGGAAAGGCUCCUGAGGCUAAGAAGCCUAUUGUAGUGAAAUAUGGUCUCAAUCAUGUCACCUACCUCAUUGAGCAGAAUAAAGCACAAUUGGUAGUUAUUGCUCAUGAUGUGGACCCAAUAGAGUUGGUUGUGUGGCUUCCAGCAUUGUGCAGAAAAAUGGAAAUCCCAUACUGCAUUGUUAAGGGAAAAUCACGAUUGGGAACAAUUGUCCAUAAGAAAAAUGCUGCAGUAUUGUGCUUGACCACAGUCAGGAAUGAAGAUAAAUUGGAGUUCAGCAAAAUUUUAGAGGCAAUAAAGGCCAACUUCAAUGAUAAGUAUGAUGAGCACAGGAAAAAGUGGGGUGGUGGGAUCAUGGGUUCUAAAUCCCAAGCCAAAACCAAGGCCAAAGAAAGGGUUCUUGCCAAGGAAGCUGCUCAGAGGUUGACCUAGGAGCCUUCAUAAUAUGUUGCCUGCUACUCUGAAUAUGGAUUUUUUGAGGGUUUUCUCUUAGUUUUUCGUUACAUUUUGGUUAACUGCUGGGUCUUGUGUCCUAUGAUAUUUGAUCAUGUCAUUGGCUUGCCAUGACAUCUGUUGCUGUAAGACUUUAUGCACAAAUGCUUGGUUUGUUAUAAUUUCUUGAGUUUGUGCUAAUUUACUUGACUCUCAUUCAAAUAAUUGGCCAUUCUUGGCCAAAAUCCUAUAAAUACUUGCACAAACUUCCUCCUCGC